GGUAUACGAGAUUUAUGAGCGGAAAUCUUGUGGGAUUAAGUAGAAUAUUUGAAGGCGAGGCGAUGGCAAGGGGCACGAUGCAGCAGGAACAUCGUCACUGAGACAUUUAAAAGGAAACGAACUGAAGCUCAAUAGAGACAGAUCCUAAGAUUUGGGAUCAAAGGGAGCAUUGAGGUCAAAGAGAGACCGCUCAAGAUGGUAGGACAUCAAAGAGUUCAAUGAGGCUGCCAUUGUAUCCUAAGGUAGUUUUCAGUAUGGCAAGAAGAUACCUUUGUCGCAACAACAAAAACGACCGGCGGGGCGGCAAACUCAAACUCAAAGGCUCCAAAGUCAGCGACGGCCGAGUAGAAAAGAAAAAGAAGAAGUCCAAGAAGAGCAAAUCCGACAAGGAGGGUGAGGUUGGUUCCGCGCCGCCCGAAGCUAGACACCCAGAUGAAGAAGGGAGGAGCGAGGACCACACCACACCUGAUGAACCGGGUGCAACAGUAGGCAAGACAGAGGCGGAAAGGAAGUACGAAGAGGCACGAAAGAAGAGGCUCUUGGAACGUCUAAAGCGGGAAGGAGUCAAGACUCACAAGGAGCGAGUGGAGGAGUUGAAUAAGUAUUUGAGCAGGUUGAGUGAGCACCAUGACAUGCCGAAGAUUGGACCCGGUUAA